GCGCCGGCCAUUUCGGGGACCGGGGCCGCCGCGGCUCCCCGUAUCCGACCGCACUGACGGCGAACCCUUCGCGGGCGCGCGGGGCCGCGGGGCGGCCGCCGCCGUGCCCCCCCCACGCCCCGCGGUCGGCGCGUCGGGGCGGCCUGGCCAGCGGCGAAGGCGGCAGCCGCGCCGCCAUGGCGCGGGGCGGGGGCGGGGCCGGCCCGGGUCAGCCCGCGACAUCCGCUUCCGGGGUCGCGGCCGCCGCUCCGCCCUGCUGCGCCGGACCUUCGGGCUGCGUGCGGGACCUGCCGCCCCGACCCCCGCCGGCGCGCUCGCCGCUGCCCCUCUGGCCGCCGCCGUCCGCGCUGUGCCGCCUGCCGUCCGCGUCAGCCAUGCUGGAGCACCUGAACUCGCUGCCCACGCAGAUGGAUUACAAAGGCCAGAAGCUGGCGGAGCAGAUGUUUCAGGGGAUCAUCCUCGUCUCUGCGGUCGUGGGCUUCGCCUACGGGUACGUGGCCGAGCAGUUCGGGUGGACCGUCUACAUCGUCAUGGCCGGGUUUGCUUUCUCGUGCCUGCUAACACUUCCUCCAUGGCCCAUUUAUCGCCGGCACCCUCUCAAGUGGUUACCUGUUCAAGACUCAGCCACAGAAGACAAGAAACCAGGGGAAAGAAAAGCGAAGAGGCAUGCUAAAAAUAACUGACUGAGGUUUUCGUGACUCGGCUGUACUGCUGCACCUGUUUUUGUGUCAUGUGAAAUGCGCUAAAAGCCACCUGUGUUUUCAUGGCACAGCUGUUAGAGGUUUUGUUUGCUUUGUUUUUCUAACUAAAAAAGCUAGGUUUUAAUUUAGGCCUCUUCAUAAUAUUCCUCUUAAAUGGAGAACAGAAAACAAAUGUGCAAAAUUUCUUCCAGCUAUUAAGACAUAAUGAAUAAAUGGCAAUACUGUUAAACUA